UAACUCCUCCGCUGAAUGAAAUGAUUUUCAAUUUGAGUGGACGAGGUACCAACUAAUGGGGAUGGGGUGCCUGCUAUCCUUAGUCUCAGCCUCAGGCUUUUGUUGCUGCCGCUGCGGCAGCUAUUACCCUGUCUCCGUUGCUAUUGCGUCGCCAAGCCGCCAUUCGGUUACUGGUAUCAGAAGACGAGGUAAUGUACCACUCGCACUCGGUCCUCCUCCACUCCCAUGUUCUUCCACUUGGACUUGCCUUCCUGUUUCUGUUUCUCAAUGUAAUGGAAGACGACGAAGCAGUGACCCGAACAAUAAUUUUAUUGCCAAUUGCACCCUUGGUAGUGGUAGUGGUGACCCCGAACUCCAAGAUUCACAGUCUUCGUCUGCCGUCGAUUGCGUGGGGACAGGCCAGGACGUAGAGCACGUGGUCUCUUCCGAAGAAACUCAACAGCAGACUACCGUUGGAUUGGAUUUGGAAUUGAUACAGCAAGUACAAGAAUGGGCAGUACUGGUCUCUCCCUUCUUCUUUUGGGGUACCUCCAUGGUGGCCAUGAAGGAGGUUCUGCCAAGAACGGGCCCUUUCUUCGUCUCAGCCUUCCGUCUAAUCCCUGCCGGCCUUCUCCUCGUUGCCUUUGCCUUCUCCCGAAGGCGCCCCUUUCCAUCUGGCCUCACCGCCUGGCUAUCGAUUGCACUUUUUGGCCUCGUCGAUGCCGCUUGUUUCCAAGGGUUUCUCGCUCAAGGUUUGCAGCGGACAUCUGCUGGUCUGGGCAGUGUUAUAAUUGAUUCACAACCUUUGACGGUAGCUAUACUUGCUUCCUUGUUCUUCGGCGAGUCUAUUGGCUUUCUUGGAGCUGCUGGCCUUGUUCUUGGUGUCAUUGGACUUUUACUUCUUGAGGCACCUUCACUUGUUUUUGAUGGAAGUAACUUUUCAUUAUGGCAAAGUGGGGAGUGGUGGAUGCUUCUUGCAGCUCAGAGCAUGGCAGUUGGCACAGUCAUGGUGCGCUGGGUUUCCAAGUACUCUGAUCCUAUUAUGGCAACUGGAUGGCACAUGGUUAUUGGUGGCGCACCUCUGGUUAUAAUCUCCAUUCUUAACCAUGAAAAUGCUGUCAGUGGGAGUCUAAUGGAGUUCACAACAAAUGAUACAUUGGCACUCUUUUACACAUCCAUUUUUGGAAGUGCCAUCAGCUAUGGUGUUUACUUCUACAGUGCAACAAAAGGUAGCCUGACAAAGCUCAGCUCUCUUACCUUUCUUACUCCAAUGUUUGCAUCGAUAUUUGGGUAUCUUUAUCUUGGUGAGAUCUUCUCGCCCUUGCAAUUAAGUGGCGCCAUCAUUACAAUUGUUGCAAUAUACAUGGUUAACUAUAAAAGUUAAAACAACUCUGGAAUGAAGCAUACAAUGAACACGGAUGCAUUUGGCAUGUGUACAGAAGGUAGUUGGGUUCAUUGGAAAACAAGAGAAGGUAAAUAUACAUAAAAAGGAGAAGUUAAGAUCCAUUUUUCGUAAAAAGGAGAAGGACAGAAGCUUUUAGCGCAGCCAUAUUGUCAGAGCAUAAUAUUGUUGAGAAUUUUGCUACUUUGGCUGAUCAGACAAUCAAACUUUCAUGAACUCAGAGGCCACAAUUACGAAUUAGUUAUUUCCGUGGAGAAUAUAUUCUCUUGGUAAAGUUGAAUUGUAUGAUACAUGAGAGAAAUAGACUAUGUUAUAUGUUAUUUUUUGCAUUUGCCCCAUGAUUUAGUUAAUGGAAAGUUUGAACUAUGGUGAUGCAUCUAUUGAGGAAUUUGAAAGGAA